CAGCAACAAAAUUACAAUUCUAAAUAAAUCUUAGAAUCUGAAAAUAAAAGAGCACGUGAAGAGGACGAAGGUCAUAAAUAAGAUCCCAACACCAUUAAUCGAUUUUCUUGCUGAUCGAAGCCUUCUUUAAUCCCGUCACCAAUUGCAGUGGCUUCUCUCUUACCCAUCUCCUGUCAAGGUAGAGCUUUUAAUAAAAAUAUUUUCAGACAAAAUUAUUUUUAUAAUAAUAUUUAAUCCUCAAAUUAUCCAAAAACCUCUUCUUCUUUUAUCCGUCUCUAUUUAAGCCAAACGAGAUUUCUUUCUCCCUUCCCCUAAUCUCUAGGAACUAAUAUAUUUAAUUGAUUUACUUAUAAAAAUUUAAAUAAAAUAAAAUAAAUUAUAAAGACUUAAUCUAAAAAUAAAGAAAUAUAAUUUUUAGGUUAGUUUUUUCUAAUAAAUAUUUGAAAAUUUUCUUCUUUAUUUGCGGCAAAAUAUUCAAAAAAAAAAAAAAAAAAUCUGGUUUAAGCACCGUUCCAAACUAGACCAGUUCGUCGUCAUCGGCUCACUUGGGCGGGAAUCAGCAGCCAGAGCCAGAAGGAGGACACCAUAGAAGAGCCAUUGACACUGUGAGAGGCAGCCGAUCCAAUGGCUGUUGACACAAAUCUGGCGGUGCUGUUCGACAAUUUGAAGGUUGAAGAUCCAUUGAUUCCCCCGAAGACCUGGGAAUCUAUCCCUUCUGAAAGUGGCCUUCACUCUCAUUCCGAUGCUUCAACUUCCUCUUCAAACCAACCUUUCUAUGACCUCUCCACUGUCUCUGAAGCAAGUUUGGUGAGGUUGGUGAUGAAUGCUAUGCAAGGUGCAAAAUCAUCCCUUAUUAGUAUUCAAAAGCUCUCUGCUAUCUUCUGUUCUAAUCCAGCAGAUAGGACCUUCCAUUGCAUUUCAAGUGUGUGGAAACGAGCUUUAAGCACUCAUUCUCUGGGAAAUGUACUUAAAUCUAUAGGUUGCACUGGGUUGCUAGUUUUUCUUCUUCGUGAAUUUGUAGAAUAUUUUACAAAUAUGAAGUUGGAGGACAGUUUGACUAGCAAAAGCAAAAAUCAUCAAAAAGAUGAAAUGGGGGAAGAAAAGUGCCCUCCUAAUACACUGGUCAAUCAAGCCUUUGCUGUUGCUGUGGGGAAGGUUUUGGAAGGGUACAUCUGUGCGUUGGACACAGUUUAUGCAUCUGCAGUUUUAAGGCGUCCAUCAAGUGAUGUUGAAUUGUCUUUGCACUUAUCCUCUGUAUCAGGAUGUUUGAAGAGUGUGGUGCAUUCUGAAAUUACAUUUCUUGAGUUCUAUUUGCACACAAAGGACUUGAGGACUCAGAUUGAAGCCCUAGGAAAUAUUUGUAAUUUACAUAAGUUGGCACUUUGCUUGUCUGGCACUUCUUUUGAUGAUCUGAUUGCUGAUGCUACUUCUGAAUUUCGUAACUUCUACAGAGGGGGAGAUUUGCUAACAUUCUUGUAUACACAAUUAAAUGUUGCUGAUCCUGCUCACUGUAAUCUGCUCAAGUUUCUCUUUCUUCAAUCAUUUGAACCAUACUGUGGUUUUAUCAGAUCAUGGAUAUUCAAAGCAGAAAUCAAUGACCCAUAUCAGGAGUUUAUUGUUGAGGAUAUUGACCAUUUACCUCCUAAUCCACACAUUAAAGCUGGCAUUUCUGUUGAUUUUCCCAUGGCAAGUUUUAGGGAACGAGUUGGAGUUGCUGUUCCAUGUUUUCUUAGAGAUAGCUUGAUUCCACUUGUUAGAGCUGGUCAGCAGCUCAAGGUACUGCUGAAAUUGCUUGAGUUGUGCAUUCAUGUUGCUACAAGAGACCACAGUUCUCAGGAUUUUCUUCCCUGCUGGAGUGGUUUUGCAAACGAUGGUCCAUCAUAUUUGUCUCCAUUGACUUUCAGUCGAGAUGAUAUUGAAGCUAUGGUGCUUGCAAGGGACAAUUAUUAUAAAAGGAUGAAUGAAAAGCUCAAGGGCCUUAUCAGUGACUUAGAAAUAAGAUAUCAACAGGUUGCUACACAUACCUCAGUACCUUUCUUUGGUAAUGGUGGAGGGAAUUUGGACAGCCUAAAUCUAUUUAUGUCAGAAGAUGAGUUCAUUGCGCUGCAAACAGCAGAAAAAAGAAGUUCAAUGAUGGGCAUUGACAAUUUGGACUCUGAUGUCUCAAGCACUGCUGAUGAAUUCUCAUAUGUGGAUGAAGCAUAUGAUUUGUCUGAUGGUUCAGCUUCAAACAACUCUGAGGAGCAAAUUGAGACUGAUCAGUUGAUUAGAUGGCCAUAUAAAGUAGCUGAGCAACAAGAUUAUGUAUCUGCUUUAAGCUUCUCCAAGAGUACUGCAAUAAAUAGUUCAAUGCAAAAUUCUUGCCAAUCUGAAAAGUCAGAUAGCAAUCAUCAUAAAAUCUGUGAUAAAAACGAUACUGUUGAUCAUUUUGUGAAGUCUUCCCAUGUAAAACCAAUGGCAAGUCACAUGUCAAAUUCCCAGAGUCCAGGAAAGUCAAGCUGCUCACUUAAAGUCAGUACUCAACAUAGAGACAGUUUAAUUGAUAGUUAUUGGUCAGUCGAUCACAUUUUGAAAAGAUCACUUGAUGAAGAUGAAAUUGAUGAGCGAAAGGUGAUGGGAAAACAUUUGGGGUUGCUUAGGGAUGCCACAUUAUACAAUGUUAAUACUGUUGCCAUUAAUGAUGCUUUGAGUAUGGAAGCCAUGGGUGAGAAUCUAUCUGAUAAUAACAUGCAUUCCUUUAAGUUAUAUAGAUUUCAACCACAAAAUAUUGUCCAUAAGCAUAAUUCAAGUAUGAAUCCCCUUAGCAUGAACCCUAUGUUGACAAGGAAUUCAUUGCUUUGCUUGAUGGGUAGAAAUGGAGAAAAGUACAUCACAGAUCAUCGACAGCCUUUACCUUACUUCAAUUUUUCAACUGUGGAGGACCCUUGUAAGGUUUACAAGGACAAGUUACAAUUAAGUUCCGGAUUUAGCAUUGGAUCUGUAAUUUCAUUGGAUUGUCAUGGAUCUGCUAAUGGUAAUAAGACCGAUCACUAUUGUGAAGAAGGCAGUGGUGGAGAGGAAAGCUUGAUUAGUACCACCCAAAACUGUGGUACUUCCUUAUUGGAUUUGAAGGACCAUAAUCGGCAUAUUUUAACUGAUGUACAUGGUGGCUGUAGCUGGGAAAGAUUGCUAGGUAGUUUUAGAAAAUCUGUUGAUUGUGAUGCUACCCAGAAGAUCUGUUUUUCAGCAUUUGAAACACCUCUUGAUAUUAUAGUUGACAAAUGCUUGUUGCAGGAAAUCAUUCUUCAAUAUAAGUAUGUCAGCAAGCUAACCAUCUACUUGCUUGAAGAAGCAUUUGAGUUGAAAGAGCAUCUUUUGGCAUUGCGACGUUAUCAUUUUAUGGAAGUAGCAGAUUGGGCUGAUUUGUUUAUUUUGUCUCUUUGGCAUCAUAGGUGGUCUGUUACAGAAGCAAAUGAGAGACUUCCAGAAAUUCAAGGUCUCCUUGAGUCGUCAAUUCAGAAGUCUUCAUGUGAAAAUGACCGUCAUAAAGAUAGGCUGUUUGUGUACGUGAAAGGAGAUGGGAAAAUGCCAUUCUCAAUAUCAACUUCUGGAGUCCGUUCUUUUGAUUUCUUAGGACUGGGUUACCGUGUGGAUUGGCCAGUCAAUAUUAUUUUAACACCUGCUGCAUUGAAGAUAUAUUCUGAUAUAUUCAAUUUUCUAAUACAAGUGAAGCUUGGAAUUUUCUCGUUGACUGAUGUUUGGUGCUCUCUUAAGGAUUUGGUGCACAUGACCAGUAAAAACCUGAAUUCUGAACUUUACCAACAUGAAGUGGGCUAUCUUAAUAUGUUGAUAAAGCUGAGGCACCAGGUCAGCCAUUUUGUUUGUACUUUGCAGCAGUAUGUGGAGUCACAGUUAUCUCAUGUAUCAUGGUGCAGGUUUCUUCAUUCCCUUCAGCAUAAGGCGAAUGAUAUGAUGGAUCUAGAGUCAGUUCACAUGGAUUAUCUUGCCAAUGCAUUGCGCAUAUGUUUCCUCUCUGAUGAAACCCGGACAGUAGGCAGCAUUAUUGAGAGCAUUUUACAAUGUGCACUAGAUUUCCGGUUGUGUCUUGCAGCAGGAACCUGGGAUGCAGGAAUUGAUCAGGAAAAUUUGUUUGGCAGAUUCAGAAUCAAUGUGUCUCAGGUGCUUUCGAUAAAGCAGAAGUUUGAAAAAACUAAAGAAUUGCAGCGUUGCUACAUCAAGGCACCUAAACAUGGGGGCUUUGGGAUUUCUCGUUUCUGGGAAUAUCUCAACUAUAAUGAAUAUUAUUCCGAUGUCAGCAAUGAAAUGGGGUAUUAUCAUUAUGCUUUCUGACUUGCAGAGGCUCUUAGUGAUGGUAAGCCAUAUCUGGCAAAGACAAUGGAGGCCAUCUUUGGUGAUUUCAAAUAUUAGAGGCUGAUUGGGUAAUGGGUAUCUGAUAUAGUUAUGUGGGUUCAACUGUUUGGAUGGAGAGUCUUAAAAAUUCUUAGGAUUUAAAAAGCAGGGAAAUUAAAUCAAGCUUCAGCAUUGGGAAAUCUGUGUGGAUAAUUAAUCCUUGUAACAUUUGAACCUUCUGUAUAUUUCCAAUUUUUCAUAGCAUGUGUUAGAGUCUGCCAAUGCUGAGGCUGUUUGGGUCUGGACUCUUGUCCGGGGAUUGGAUUUGAAUCCGCUGCUGGUCCAGGUCGGAGGUCUGGGUCAUGUUCAACGGAACAUGUGGAUGGAUGUCUUAAUGCAAAGAUCUGAUCUUUGGACGGUUUGCAAGGUGAGCAGAAAUGCAGAAUGCAAUUGCUUCCCAGGUGAUUUUGGAGGAAGAAAGGAAGGACUCGGUCUACUUAUUCUUUGAAGUCUGAUAAUGAGUGACCCAAUUUAGAAAAAAGAAAUAUAACAGGGAAGCUACAUCAGCUUGGUCUACAUGUAAAGAUCAUGUUUUUUGAGUGGCAAGUUUGUUAAUCUCAUUGUUUGAUAUCUUAGAUUUGCUUUUUAGUAUUUGAAUUAGAUUUCUGGGGUUAGAUUGAAUCUUACUUUUGUAAAUUUAUCACCCCACCAGAAGAAAGGCCUUGUGUUCAGUUAUAGAUGUGAUGCAAUAUUUGGUGGCUUUUGUAA